AGCACAUGACCGGAUGUGACGGCACCGGGAUGGCGGCUGAGCGAUUGGGAGAGAAAAUUAACAGCUGAGAGCUGACCAACAUCAUUGGCCACAGAAUGCAGCAGGUUCAUCACUGCAAGCAACUCCUUGACCAGCUCCAACAGCAGCGCCUCGAUGGCUUUUUGUGUGACUGUACUGUUGUCAUUGGCCAGUUGCAGUUCCGAGCCCACCGAAAUGUUUUAGCUGCAUUCAGCGACUAUUUCCGAUCUGUUUACGGGCUCAGUCUGGACAAUAAUGUUGUGUUCCUUGAUCCCAACCAUGUCAGCUCUGAUGGGUUUCAAAAAAUCUUGGAUUUUGUAUACACUGGAAACAUUAAUAUUGAUGGAUGUAAUGUUGCUGCAAUAGAGGCUGCUGCUGGUUACCUGCAGAUGGAAGAUGUGGUGAAAAUGUGUAAAGCAAAAAUGGAAUCACCUGUAAUUAAUUUGAACACUGUCCCGAAAGCAGCAUCUGAAAUACAGGGGAACACAGAGCUGAGUAGCUGCUUCACUCCUUCAGGGACAAAGAAGGACAUUGUUCAGGAAGGACCUGGAAGAAUGGUCACCUGUGAAGAUAAGUUGCUUAAUACUCCACAUGUUGGACUUCAUCUCAAAUCCGAAAAACUACAAACACAGCCAGCAAACAUAAACGUUGUGUCAAGAACCAGAGGACAGAAACCAAAGGCUGACCACAACUCUAUGCUGCCAGUGAGAGGCAUCAGUCCUAACAACGUGCUCAAGUGUACUAAGAUUAAACGAAAGAGUGGCUGCACUGUGAGAAGGAUGGAGAGGAGAAUAUGUAGUGAGAGUACAGCACAGUUAGACACAGUCAGCACUGACCUCCAGCCUAACAAAGACUCUCAGUCAGCUUUGUUCAAUAACUGUAAAACUUCUUUAGCUGAGAACAAGCUUGUUCAGAAAACAAAUGGGAAACAGAGACGGAGAUGCUCUCAGCAGCAAGAAUCUGUAGCAGAACGGUGCAAAUCAAAGCUGAUAACUGGAGGAAGUGGUGUAAGACUGGUGGAGCCAGGAAAUACUGACAUGAAGCAGCUGAAGAUGAAGCCAAUUUGUAACAUUUGUGGCAAAGUAUUCUCAGAGGCUAGCAGCCUGCGCCGACACAUGAGAAUUCACAAAGGACUGAAACCUUAUGUCUGCCAGCUUUGUGCAAAGGCUUUCACACAGUGUAACCAACUAAAAACACACAUCAGGACCCACACAGGUGAGAAGCCCUAUCAGUGUGACAUGUGCGAUAAAAGCUUUGCCCAGAAAUGCCAGCUAGUCUUCCACAAUCGCAUGCACCAUGGUGAGGAGAAGCCAUAUGCUUGUGACGUCUGCAGCCUUCAGUUUGCAACUUCCAGUAACCUGAAAAUUCAUGCCAGGAAGCACAGUGGGGAGAAACCAUAUGUGUGUGACCGGUGUGGCCAGCGAUUUGCUCAGGCCAGCACCCUUACAUACCAUGUGCGUCGUCACACAGGAGAGAAACCUUACAUCUGUGACACAUGUGGGAAGGCAUUUGCUGUCUCCAGCUCCCUCAUCACACAUGCACGGAAACAUACUGGUGAGAAGCCAUAUAGCUGCCGGACAUGUAGUAAAAGUUUCAUCUCGUCAGGAGAGCUGAAUAAACAUAGCCGAUCACACACGGGUGAAAAACCUUUUGUCUGUGAAUUAUGUGGAAAUUCAUACUCCGAUGUGAAGAAUUUAAAGAAACAUAACAGUAAAGCUCAUGAUGCUGUAAAGAGGACCGAUAGUAAUGACCAUGGGACAGACUUUGUUGACCGUGAAUCACAGGACUCCAUGGAGCUGAAACCCUCUGAUCUACCCAUCCCACUCUCUGUUGCCAUGGGUGCAGAUCAGCAACAAAUGAUGUUGCCCAUGGGCGAGGGCUCAUCUUUAUCCGGUGAACAGUUGCUACGACCAUCAGUAUCCUCUUACCCUGAAACCCAACUCAUCUUCCUGCAACAACUGUACUGAGAGGAUCACAGCAGAUUGACAGGCGGGGAGCUCAGCUCACUGAAGGUCAGAGGGGAGCUCAGCUCACAUAUGGUUAGAGGAAGAAUCCAGCUCAGAGACUGUUAGAGGCAGAACUCAGCUCAUAGAGGGUUAGAGGAGCAACUCAGCUCACGGAGGGUUGGGGGGCAACUCAGCUCACGGAGGGUUAGAGGGAAGCUCAGCUUCCCAAGGGUUAGAGGAGAGUUCAAUCCUUUGAAGAUUAGAGAUGAGCUUGGCUCACUGUGUGUAGGAGGGGGAGGUCGGCUCACGGAAGGUUGGAGGGGAGCGAGGGAUUCUCAGCUUGCCCAGAUGUGUGAGAAGGAUCUCAUUGAAUUAAAAGGGGAUCAGAACUCAUUGAGAGGUGGGAAUCAUAUCUUCUGGGUGAGAAAGGGGCUCUCUGCUCAGUGAUGGAGAGAGGAAGAGGAUCCCACUAACAGAGAGAGGGGGGAUCACAACUCACUGAUGGAGAGAGGGAGGGGAUCACAACUCACUGAUGGAUAGAGGAAAGGGAGCUGUGAUGUGUUUGGGAACACAGUAGGUUGCCUGUGGACUGAGCUGUGAGCUGUAAAGCGUGAAAUCUUUAAACUCCUCACUUUCCGGGGUUUGCUGCCGCAUUACUGCUGCCCACAGAAACUGACAAUGUAGAUCCAUGUAUUUAUUCCCAUGUACUUGGGACAUUAGUCAUGGCAAAGCCUGUGCUGUUUACACGAUGGAACCAUUGUAACAAGUCAUGUUAUUUUGUUCCUGGGAUGAAUCUUUCUGUCUACUGACAGAUCAGAAUGUUUGUCUGAUAACAAUGAUUUACCUGCCUCAGGUCUUGAACAUUUUGUCUUUAAUGAAGAGCUGUGUGACCAUUUCUUCAGGUAUCUGUUUACUGUGAGCUGUUAUCUGGUGCAGUAUUUAUGGUCAAUAUUCUCCAUCAUAAAUGUAGAACAUCUCAGUUUUUUAUAUCCAACACUCACUAAUAUUAAUUCAUUAGCUCAGCUGUCCCACUGCACACUAACUAUGGGUCUGUAUUUUCUCCUUGUUAACUUCUCUGUAUCAGAGAUUUACUUAUUUGAAUCAGUCUUCCAACAGUCUCAACCUCUACCCUUUUGUGGAUUAGAAGGAGCUUAACCCAACCUGUAUUCUGUCCUGAUGAUUUGAUGGGGGCAGUGUACAAAGGACUUUACUCUUUAAGUAACCCUUUGCUGGAAAUGUUUGGGGACAGUGUAGAGGUAUCUUUACUUUGUUUAAAAGUGUAGAGAAAGGUUUACUUUGUUUAAAAGAGUUGGGGGAGGUUUACUUUAUAUGUAACCCUUGUUCUAUACCUGCCCUGAGAGUGUUCGAUGGGGACAGUGUACAGGAAGCUUUAGAUGUUUACUAAUUCAGAGAUGUAAUUACACACAUCUGGAGCAGAAGAGACUUGAAUUUGAGCCUCCUGGCUCAGUGGUACGGACAAUACUGUGAGCUUUACUCUGAAUUUAACCCUAUGCUAUAUCUGCCCUGGGAAUGUUUGAUGGGGACAGCGUAGAGUGAAUUUUGUUCCAAAUCUAACCCCAACUUUAGUUGUCCUGGGAGUGUAUUAUGAAGACAGUGUAGAAGAAGUUUUACCCUGUAUCUUAUUGGGAGUGUAAAAGAUUUUAGCAGGCUUAAAAUUUGAUAUCCUAGGCCCAGAAGAAAUUAGUCCCAGGCUGUUGUGGGAGGCAAGGGAGGAAAUUUCUUAGAACCUGAUAUUAAUUUUCAAAUCCACUCUGGCUGUAGGAGAAGUGCAGAGGACUGGAAUGUGAUAUCAUUAUUCAAGAAGAAUUUACAUUUUAACCAAGGAACUAAAGGCCAGUGAGACUAACAUCAGUGGUUGGGAAAGGUUAAGAAAUCAUUGAGGGACAGAAUUAAUCUCUGCUUGAAAAGGCGAGGAUUGAUCAAUGAUAUUCAGCAUAGCUUUGUCAAGGGGAGAUCAUGCCCGACAGGUUUGAUUUAAUUUUUCAAGGAGAUAACUAGAUGUGCAGAUGAGAAUUGUGCAGUUGUUGUAGUCUAUGUAGACUUCAGGAAUGCACCCGUCAAGAUGUUGCAUGGAACACUUGUCAAGAAGGUAAGAACCCAUAGGAUCCAGGACAGUUUGUCAAUUGGAUCCUUUUUUUUAUCCAUUAAUGGACUAAGUGCAUUGUUGGCUAGGCCAGCAUUAAUUGCCCAUCCCUAAUCGCACAGAGGGAAAUAUCAGAGCCAACCAACCACAUUCUUGUGGGUGUGGAGUCAUAUGUGGGCCCAACCAGCUAAAAAUGGCAGUUGCCUUCCCUAAAGGAUACUGGUGAACCAGAUGGGUUUUUACAGUAAAUAUACAAUGGAUUCGUAGUUAUCAUUAAACUGUUAGUUCCAGAUUUUUAUUUUUAAUUUGAGUUCAGUUUCUGCCGUGGUGGAAUUCAGACUCUGGUCCCCAGCAAAUUACCUAGGUCUUUGAAUUCAUAGACAAAUGAUAAUACCAGUGGGCUGCCCUCACCAUCACUAAAUGAGUUAGUGGCAGGAAGCAGUGGACCAGUGGCAAAUGGGAUUCUGUCCGGAUAAGUGUAAGACGAUGCAUUUUGGGAAUACAAGAUGAAUGGCAGGACCCUAGGAGAAUUCUUGAACGUAACAGAGCUGGUAGAAAAGGUGAUCAAAAAAAAUGAAAUACUUGCCUUUAUUAGGUGAGGCAUUGAAUGUAAAAGCAGAGAGGUUACAAGGGAGGGUUCAGACCCAAAACAUCAGCUUUCCUGCUCCUCUGAAGCUGCCUGGCCUGUUGUGAUCGCUGUGCUAUGGAAACAAUGUGACUGACCUCGAGAGGGUGCAGAGGAGAUUCACGAAGAUGUUGUUGGCCAGAUCAAUUCAACUUUGAAAAGAGACUACAUAGACUGGGGUUAUUUUCUUUAGAGCAGAGAAAGCUGAGGAAAGAUCUGAUUGAGUUGUACAAAAUUGAGUGGUGUGGAGAGGUUAGAUGGCAAGAAACAUUUUCAUGAACGAGAGGAGUCAAUAAAAGGGGGCAUGGAUUUUAAAUUGGGACAGCAUGUUUAGGAGAAAUUUAAAGAAGACAUUUAUCACCCAGAGGGUGGUGGAUAUCUGGAACUCACUGCCUGAAAAGGUGUUAGAAGUGGAAACCGUCACAACGUAGAUCUAGAGUAGAUGGGUGCUUGAUGAUUGGCACGGACGCAAUGCGUCAAACCUAUUUCCAUGCUGUACAACUCUGACUCCAAUCCCUUGCUGUAGCUGUCCUUCAUAGGGACAGUAUAAGGGGGGAUAAUGUGUUUACUUUGUUUAGAAAAAGAGGGAUCCAAACUGGUGUGCCAUAUUUCCCUUGUCUCAUGGUUCUCAGGAGCACUGACCUUAUUGGUCUUUAUCCUGUCUUCAGCAGUUCUCAUGUUAUUUUGCCAAAUUGCGAUUAAUCUGCAGCUUUGGAUGCGUGGGAUUUGCUUUUGUCACUUCAUAUGUGAGUCUUUUGAAAUCU